AUGUAUUCGGAAAUACCCUCGUCCAGUUCAAGGGCGUGGAACUUUGGGAUGAGCCUUCCACGUGGAGCUCCCCCCGUCAUUAAGAUGAGACCCCAAGAACUUAAUGAUUGCCCUAGAGACGGGCAAGGGACACUCGAUAAUCCUAUGGUAAUAUGGGCUGCUCGCUUGACGGAUGGUCAGCGACAGGAGCUUGCGGUUCCCGAAUACGAGUCCGAGGAGGAUCUUUACCGUGCGAUCGAUGCUAACGCAGACAUGGCUAAGACAGCAGCUAUCAGAGCAGGAUGUACCGUCGUGUGGAUUAUUUGCCCGGUUCAUACCAGCAAAUAUGUUUACGAUAACGAUGGAAGUAAAGUUGCGGUAAGGUGGGAUCGGUUUGGAAACCCAGUGGAGUAUGCUGUCACAAAUGCCGACCCCCAUCUCACCGUAAAGCUAGGCACAAGCGAAAAUUUAUGUCAUCUCCACGGACAUAUCAAUGUCCUCGUGGAUGAACGAGGGUUUCCAACCGACUUCAUGAAAAGCUUCCAGAGACGCCAGAACGGGAAUAUUACUGACGGUGAUGACAGAACUAUGGAACUUUUUGAGUGGGGUGCUAAGGCAGAAUUAGAUCAAGAACGCUAUCGAAGAGAGGCUGCAGAUUAUGAACUAUUCAAGAUAAAAACAAUGCGAGGUGGGAGAGGAUGGGAAAUCGAGGAUGAUAAAGAUGAUGGUGAUUACGUGGAUAAAAACCUUGGUAUCGAGAUCCCGGAGUAUAACCCCAUGAGCUACGACACCGAAUCUACUGAUGAGUUAACAGGACUUAAUCCCGAACUGGAAGAUUAUCUCGUUCGGAGAUGGAAUCCUUACUACAGAGGAAACGGACAUGCUAUUUCCAUCCAAAGGUUUGGUUAUAGCACCCGGAGAUUCAGGAACAACUAUGAUCCCUCAUCCUAUAGUCAACGCCCUCAUCGUCCCACAUCGUAUUGGCAUGGGGAACGAAGGCCUUAUGUUCCUAGGUACGUUAACUAG